GCCCAAGUCCACCUCUUGCCUCCACUCCCUGCCCUCCCCUGAGUGAGGCCCAUGCAUCCCUGGGAGGAGAAAUGCAGCCACCUGGGCUCCGUCCUGCGGUGGGGGUACCUUGGGGGUUUCCAUGGACCUGCAACGGUGCAGUAGUUGAUCCAGGCACAAUGUCCAGUGUAUUUGAGAAAAUCACAAGAGUUGUGGUCCAAGAGAUGGACACUGGAGGUGAUAUGAUUGCUGUCAGAAGCAUCGUGGAAGCUGACAGGCGUCAUUGCUUCUGUCUGGUGAGGGAGAAGAGAAAUUUGUUGGGACGCCGCUACUACAGUACAGACCUCACCCUGGAGGACAUACUGGAGGAGGAGAGUAAAGAAGGGCAGUUUGAUAAGCUGGAUUCUGGGUCCCAAGGCCAAAAGGCUGAGUUCCAAGUUGUGGAUACGGUAGACUCAAAUGGCAUGUUGACAGUGAAAUUGCCCAAAGAAAUAACAAUUCUAGCUUUCCAUGGGUCCCAGGAGCAGAGAAUCCAGAUAGCAAAGACCCGGAUAUCCCAGCAACAUCUGAAUUCCCUUGAGAACAGGAAGCUGAAGAGAAAACUACCCACUUCGUUCCAAUCCAUCCAGACAAUGAGAGGAGACCUGUAUCUGGUGACAGAAACUGUGAAGACAGCAAGGAAGGAAACCCUGAAAAGUGAACAGAAAUACGCAUUUUGGAGCCAGCUGGAUCUUUGCAGUCUCAAAUAUGAACACAAGCACCAGAGGGCAGUGACCAUCCCCCCCAAGCAGGUCCUGGGCUAUGGAAUAAAGCAGGUCAUCUUCCCCAACAUGGAGACGAUGAAUAAGCAAGGCUUGGUGGGGGUGGGGAAGUCCUUGAGUUUGGAGGGCAUCAGAAGCAUGAAGGAAAAGGCGCAGGACAUGGUGAGGGGCCUCCAGGACCUGACUGAGGAGGAGCGAAAAGAUGGACUAAGCUGCCUCACGAAGUGCCUCCUCACCCAGGAUGAGCAGCUGCAGGAUGGAGAGCAAAGAGGAGGAGUGUCUGAGGUCCUGCUCGCCAAUGAGCUACAGAUGGAGAGCCCCGCAAGUCCUCUCCUACGGAGCCUGUUUAAUGCUGCCGGGAUCUUCGUAGAGGCACGCACAGAAGCCAUUCUGGGUUUCCUGGAUGCCUUGAUGGAGCUGUCUGAGGAAAAAGCGCUUGUGGCUGAGGCCCUAGAGAAGGGGACCCUGCCCCUGUUGAAGGAGCAGGUGGAGUCUACCCUGGAGCAGAACUGGGGUGAGCUGCCCCGUGACGUGGGCUGUGACCCCGAGGCACAGAUUCUCCAUGCCGUCUAUGUGUGUCUGUCCAUCCUGCUGCAGCUGUGUGAGAAGCCUACCUCUGUGUCUUCCCGUCUGUCAGCUCUUUAACCACUCCCCACAAACCUCUGGGUGCGCCCUCCCCAGUCCAUCCUCACCCCAUCCCCUUCCCCCUCGGUCACCAGAAUGAUGUCUUUAAAACAAGCAGCUGGCUCUUCUUUGAUACAUCCCAUUCCCUACAUGAUAAUGUACAAAAACCAGCCUGGUUUGUAUGCACAGACUUCUGAUUAAAAGUGGCAGAUUGAGCAUA